AUGCUGCUUUGCUUAAUUUCAUAUUCGUUCUCUGUAUGCCCCGAGGGACAGUCGUAUGAAAUUCCAAAUGGUACAUCAUCAAUCAAUGAAAAGGAAUUUUACCGAUGCUCUAGACUCACAACAAUAACAAUCCCUAAUAGUGUUACAUCAAUUGGAUCCAGUGCAUUUUAUGGUUGUUCAAGUCUUGCAUAUCUAGAAAUUCCUAAUAGUGUUACAUCAAUCGGUGAUAAUUCAUUUGCUGAAUGUUCAAGUCUUACAGAUAUAGAAAUUCCUAAUAGUGUUACAUCAAUUGGACCCCGUUCAUUUUUUGGAUGCUCUGAGCUCAAAAAUGUGACAAUUCCUAAUAGUGUUUCAUCAAUCAGUAAUUAUCUAUUUGCUGAAUGUUUAAGUCUUACAGAUAUAGAAAUUCCUAAUAGUGUUACAUCAAUUGGACCCAGUGCAUUUUAUGGAUGUUUAAGUCUUUCAACAAUAACUUUGGGAAAUCAAAUUAUAUCAAUUGAUGAAAAUGCAUUUGCUGAAUGUUCAAGUCUUACAGAUAUAGAAAUUCCUAAUAGUGUUACAUCAAUUGGACCCAGUACAUUUUAUGGAUGUUCAAGUCUUUCAACAAUUACACUGGGAAAUCAAAUUAUAUCAAUUGGAGAAUAUGCAUUAUCUGGAUGUUGGAGUCUUACAUAUUUAAAUAUUCCUAAUAGUGUUACAUCAAUUGGAGAAUAUGUUUUAUAUGGAUGCUCUGAGCUCAAAAAUGUGACAAUUUCUAAUAGAAUUACAUCAAUCAGUAAUAAUUCAUUUGCUGAAUGUUCAAGUCUUACAGAUAUAGAAAUUCCUAAUAGUGUUACAUCAAUUGGACCCAGUGCAUUUUAUAGAUGUUCAAGUCUUACAUAUUUAGAAAUUCCUAAUAGUGUUAUAUCAAUUGGAGAAUAUGCAUUUUCUGAGUGCUAUGAGCUCAAUAUUAUAACAUUUGGAAAUAAAAUAAUUUCAAUUGGAAUAAGCGCAUUUGAAAGUUGUGAGCGCCUCAUAAAUAUAACACUUCCUAAUAGUAUUACAUCAAUUGGAGAAUAUGCAUUUUAUGGCUGUUAUGAUCUCAUUAAUAUAAUAAUUACUAAUAAAAUCACAUCACUUGAAAAUGGAGUAUUUUCUGCAUGA